AAAGUGGCUUUUUAUACACACUCAGGCGCAAGUUAGAAGAGGCGUCUGUUGGGUUUUUCAUCGUAUCACAAAUCUCUUCCCCCUUGGAGUUUCUUUGGAUUGGAAAGAUGCAGACGAUCUCGAGAAGAUUAGCUCGUGAAUCCUUCCCUCGGCCGGCGAUUUACUCUCUCAAAUCGCUUUACCCUAUUUCUGAUCAGUAUUAUGGUGCUUAUGAUCGGCGGUACGCGUCUACGCUUGCUACCAGAGGCGUCGGACAUUUGGUUCGAAAGGGUACAGGUGGAAGAUCAUCCGUUAGUGGCAUAGUUGCUACGGUUUUUGGAGCUACUGGUUUCCUUGGGCGUUACUUGGUGCAAGAGCUUGCUAAAAUGGGAUCUCAAGUGCUUGUACCUUUUAGAGGUUCUGAGGAUGCACCUCGUCACCUCAAACUGAUGGGUGAUUUGGGACAGAUUGUUCCCAUGAAAUAUAACCCAAGAGAUGAAGACUCUAUUAAGGCAGUUAUGGCCAAGGCAAACGUUGUUAUCAAUCUAAUAGGAAGGGAAUAUGAAACUAGAAAUUAUAGUUUUGAGGUGGUGAACCAUCAUAUGGCUGAACAACUUGCAAAGAUUUCUAAAGAACAUGGUGGAAUCAUGAGAUUUAUACAACUUUCUUGCUUAGGAGCCUCUGAAUCAUCUCCCUCCAGAAUGCUCCAAGCUAAAGCUGCUGCAGAAGAAUCCAUCCUACGUGAAUUGCCUGAGGCCACAAUACUGAGACCUGCAGUGAUGCUUGGCACAGAGGAUCGGCUCUUGAAUCCAUGGGCUCAAUUUGCAAAAAAAUAUAACUUUCUUCCACUUAUUGGGAAUGGAUCCACCAAGAUUCAGCCUGUGUAUGUUGCUGAUGUGGCAUCUGCAGUUGUUGCAGCCUUGAAAGAUGAUGGCAGCAGCAUGGGAAAAGUAUAUGAACUUGGUGGGCCAGAUGUGUAUACAUUGCAUCAAUUGGCUGAACUUAUGUAUGAAGUGAUUCGAGAAUGGCCUCAUUAUGUUAAUGUCCCUUUCCCAAUUGCUAAGGCAAUCUCAACGCCUCGUGAGUUGCUGCUAAAUAAAGUUCCUUUCCCAUUGCCAACACCAUCUAUCUUCAAUCUGGAUUUGAUUCAUGCUCUUUCCUCAGAUAAACUCGUCUCACAAGAUGCUCUAACAUUCAAUGAUCUUGGAAUUGUGCCACAUAAAGUGAAGGGAUAUCCUAUUGAGUUCCUUAUUCAGUACCGAAAGGGUGGGCCCAAUUAUGGUUCUACAGUCAGCGAAAGAGUCACUCCAGAAUCAUAUCCUUAAGUGGAGUUGAGUUUGCUUCCAUCUUUUUGAUGUAUUUCUUUUCCCCAAUACAAACAAGGGAGGAAUAAAAAGAUUUCAUGUCUCAUUUCUUGAAGCAUUUGAAUCAUUUGUAUAAUUUCGAUUUUCUUUUUACACCCUCCUGUUAUGUUAAAUUUAGAAAGAAGCCAACUGAAAUUGUUUUUGGCAUCCCACCCUUCUUGAGAAUAACAUGCAUGAUAUGCUUUUAUCCUGAA